UGUAGCCCGCCCUAGAAACUGGGAUGUAUCACAUUCAUCUCUUCGAUGUUUAUGCCUGUCACCCCUCAAGGACGCGCCACCCCCCUCCCUCAGACACUCUGUCGAUUACUAUAGCAAGCACAUGAUGGCUUCCAACCCAGACCCCCAGCCUAAAAAACGAGAGUCUCGUGCUGGGACGCGAAAGGUGACGUCUCUCUCGGCAGAACAACUCGAAAGGAAGCGCGCCAACGAUCGGGAGGCCCAAAGGACUAUUCGUCAGCGGACAAAGGAGCACAUCGAACGUCUGGAGCACCAAGUAGCGGAGUUAAAAUCAAAAGGGGAACAAUAUGAUCAUGUCGUCCGAAGAAAUACUGCUUUAGAAAACGAGAUCAGGGCUUUAAAGCAACAACUAGCCUUGGUAAGAAGCGGACAAGCCUAUUCAAGCCCAGCAGGCGAGGGCUCAUACAAUACCCCUUCUGGGCCAGUACUUCCUUCUCAAUUCACAGAGCCCUUGAGUGUAAAUCCAGUUUCCAGGACUCCAUCGGCUCUUUCAACCUCCAGUCAAGUCUCCGUUGUGCCUGACUGGCAACAGUACGGUUCCACAGGGUCACCAUCUAUCUGUGAAUCGUCAGAUGCAGAUUAUACGAACAGGGUAGAACCUUUUAUAUUCGAAGGCCAGUUACAAACGUCGAAUCCGAUGCCUGUUGCAGCACCCCAAGCUAGCUUCAAUACCCCCACCGGCCAUCCUACUGAGCCCGGUUUCCACUCAUAUUCACACUUGUACCCAGGAGGGGGUCCCAACCAAGUGCGCCGAGGGGAGCAUCCGCACAACCCUCAACACGUGCAAUGUGCGACAAGUCAACGCUCAAUGUCUGUGCCAACUAUACCGUCAGAACGGGAACUUCGUGGAUACCCUGUGAUUCACGCCGCGCAACAGUAUCAACAAGCCCCGGAACAGCCCCCAAGAAACGAUUACGGUUAUGACUGGACUCGUCGACAGUGAUUCCGCUGGCAAGUGGUCAUUAAAGGUGAUAUUUCUUCAUUGUGGCCUAAAUGUCGAUACACAAAUUUAAUACUGGUAUCCAGUACGCGACGAGAAUGUCCGUGCAGUUCAGGCACGAAGCAAAUAUUCGACCCUCUACACCAACCCGUCCAUGGGGCAGCAGUGCGUACGCUGGUCUUAUCCACCUUGUCAUGGUAAAUAUUUCUCUUUUCUACUAUCGGCCCCAAAGCAAGGCCCCUUGCACGGUACUUUGCUCAUUAUCGCUAUGGGUUCAUCUCAACUCAACAUCCCACUCUAUAGCGGGCUACCUUUUCCCUAUUAUAAUAGUAAUAGCCUGGAGUAUAAUACCUAGAAACCGAUCAGUCGCCCACCUGACGGAAAUGAUUAAUGAUGAUAACUACCGAACCAUUUACGUUACGAAGUUUUGCAAUGAAUAUGUUCUGUGUUGCAGUGAA